AUGACUAGAGUCGUGGACUCGACGAACACGAUUAGCUUUGAUAUUCGGCUGCCUGAAGAGUAUUCGCCAGAUUUGCAGGAUCAAGUAUCGCGAGCGGCCAGUACCCCAGAAAAUUACUGUCACACGAUUGAAGUGUCUGGCCAGAAUGCGUUAAUAGCCGCUACGCGAAUGACCGCAAAACAGAGCGAACGUGUCGUGAUCAAGCGCUAUGAUGUGACUCAAUUUAACGAUUAUGACUAUGGAAAAACAAUGAGGGAAUUGAUGCUUUGCAGGGCGCUGAAUCACCAUCACAUCGUCAGAUACGUGACAAGUUUCUGGGAAGAAGAUGCUGAUCAUAAGCCCAUUUUCUUCUACGUUGUCAGAGAGAGGAUGGAUUUUUCUUUGGACAAAUAUUAUGCCCACAUCUCGAAGCAGGACGGCUCCCCAAAGGAGCGUCUCCGUGAUCAUCGACUUCUCUCCGCGCUACUGGUCCAGAUUCUGAAAGCACUAUUGUACCUUGAGGAGCAAGACAUCACCCAUCGCGAAAUCCAACCCCGCGCCGUUGGCGUCAAUCAAAAUGGUUUCCUCAUCAAACUCAUUGAUUUUGGAUGCGUGAAAAAGGUGGAUAAUGCGCUGAAUAGGAUUGAUCCGAGCCGCGAUUACAUCUAUCAAGCACCUGAACUGCUCGCUGGGGAGCAACAUGAUCGAAAAGUCGACAUUUGGUCAACAGCAGCCACAGCAGUGGAGAUGCUCGGCGUCAAGCUGUUCUACCCGGCCGGCUGGACACCGCAAAGCAUUAAACAGGACGUGCUGAAGAGGAUAUAUCACGUUUGCGCGCCAGCGAUGAUGGAACAGUAUCCGCAAAGACGAUCCGAACCAACAGCACGAACUCGUCUACCAAGCGAGCUGCCGCAAAAAGCGACU